AUGGGCAAUACCACCCCGAUUGCCUAUGGAGGCUAUGCCAUUGGCCUCGCAAUUCAAAUUGCGUGCCAGUCUGUGCCCGAUGGGUUCCGCCUUUACUCGGCUCUAGGCCACUUCCUGCGCGGGCUAUCUACAGAUGCGAAGCUGAUUUGUACACCAAGCGAACUGCGUCGCACGAAAAGCUUCGUCACGUAUCGCGUGACCGUCCAACAGAAGGAUCAAACGACGGGGAUGCCACGUCUUUGCGUGGAAUUGCUGGCAGACUUCCACCGCGAUGAACCGGAAAUUCUCAACUACUCGGCCACCCCAACUCGUCGGUACAGUCAUUGGCAACACUGCCUGAGGUGGGACCGCCUUGCGGAAGAGAAAUGGGUCAAGACUGGCAAGCUAUUAGAAGCAAAAUCGGACAUGUUUAACACCCUCUUUGGACUGUCGCAUGAGAUAUUUGACGCUCGUCCGUGUCCAGAAGGCGUCACAGCUUAG